AUUCGUAAAAGACAGUGCACUUGAGAAAGCCCAUUGUAGGCUGUCUCGACGUGUAUGUUUUGAACAGUUCGCAUCAUGUUAAUGAGUUUUUAUCAAAUUCUUAUUAAAAAUUCAUGCAGUGUGUUCAGUAUACGAAAGAAAAUUAAUAGUGCAAGACAUUUACCCUCUUGAUCAAGUAUUUUUGUUAGUAUCAAUUGUGCAAUAAGGAAAGUGAAGAACGAUGCCAGGCAAAGGAGGCAGAAGAGGAAAAUCCGGUCAUGGUGGAAAAAGAGCUGAAUUAACAUCUGAUGAAGAUUCUGUCAACAAUGAUGCAUGCAGUACAUCCAGUAGUCAGUCUGAUAAUCGCAGCAUGCUAGAUGAUGUGAAUGAUAAUGAAGUAGAUGAAAUUUCCCAGCAAGAAGCAUUCGAAGAAAAAUUAAAAGAAACAAUUGAUGGUUUAACUCAGAAGAGCGCAAAAGGAAGAACAGUUUGUUUUAAUGGCAUUGAAAAAAUAUUUGCUGUUAAAUAUAUCCCAGAUUUUGUGGAGGAUAGAAAAAUGACCAUUACUGAUUCUAUAGAACGGGGAUUAAAAAAAGGUCGUGGUGAAGAACAGUCAACGGCUGCUAGAAUAAGUACUUUACUUUGUGUCCAACUGGGUGCAUUUGAAAGUGCUGAAGUAGUAUGCCGUGAUUUGAAAAGUAUUUUAACUUUCAUUGCAAGUGAUACAACAGCUUCAACUCAAGCUCGUGCAGAGUGUUGUUGGGCUCUGAGCAUGAAUCAGUUUUUGUCUGGAAAUGAUGCGGCAGAUACAAUUGAAAUUGUGCAGUUAUUAUCCAAUAUCUUCUCUGGUUCUUAUUUGAAAGGAAAUGGUGCUAUAGCAACUAUUUCCCCAGAGGUUGCAGCUUUACAUGCAGCAGCUAUUUCAUCAUGGACUCUUCUUUUAACAGUUAUGGCCCCAGCUGAUAUAUAUAAUUUACUUACUAGUAGUAAAACUAAUAGUUACAUGCCGUCCCUAAAUAAACUAUCUGAGUUGUUAGAAUCACCGCAUCUGGAUAUAAGGUUGUCAGCUGGUGAAGCUCUUGCUGUAAUAUUCGAACUCGGCCGAGAUUUCUCCUCAGAUUAUGAACAAGAUUGGUCAUUGGACUUGAUUGAAGUAUUAAAAGAAUUAGCUACGGAUUCUAAUAAGUACAGAGCAAAGAAAGAUCGUAAACAACAGAGAGCUAACUUUAGAGAUAUACUCCACUACAUAGAGGAAGACAUUGUACCAGAAAUGCACGUCAAAUUCGGUCAAGAAAUUCUAUAUUUAGAGGGAUGGUGUGCACGAAUUCAAUACAAUGCAUGCUGUAGACUGCUGGGUCCUGGUAUAAAUAUUCAUCUUGCUGUGAAUCAACUUCUUCGCGAAAUUUUCCACCUUGGCAACAAAGUUCUACCGAUACCAUUGAACCAAAAAACGAGCAAAUUGGAAAGAACAUUAAUGAAUGCAGCUGCAUUUAAAGCGCGUACCAUUCAACGUAAUAAAAACAGAAAUAAACGAUCAGCAGCCUUGGCACCGUAAUUCUUCAAUUUUCUGCUUUUAUACGUCAGAUAACUUUUUUUAAAAUAAUGUAAACUCGAUUGACUUUUUAUUUAUUAUAAACGUUCAAGAAUAAGAAACUGUUAAAUAUAUUUUCCAUAAUGAUCUAGCUUAAAUUGUAAAUAGAAGUGAACAUGGACGAAAAAUUAUAAUCGAAUUUGGUUUCAUUUGUCAGUUAAAAUUUUGUGUCCGUUUAGCCGAAAACUAUUAUUGUUGUACAAUGUUAUUUACUACCACUUACGUUUUGUAUAUACGCAACCGAAGUAUGUAUAUACGGUAAGCGCGCUUGGUAAUGAUUAUCAUUGCUUAUUAUGUCAAAUCAAACUGCUAUCAGUUAACAAUUUUGUAAAGUUUAAUAUUGUAAAUGUUUCGCGGUAAGUGAUAUAUAAUAUAUAUAUAAGUAUAAGAAAAAAUUUGUUUAUAGUACACAUGAAUGAAGUUUGUUGUUCUUAAACAUCGAGUCCUUACAAUAUUUUAACCUUCGUAAAUGAUGUUUUAUUUAAAGUAUACGUAAAAUUGUAUACUGUGUUUGAUCGUCUUAUAUACUGUAUGUAACUAUUUAAAUAAAAUACUUCAUUAAAAAAUAUA